AUGAGUUCUACGUCUGUUACACCCUGGAUCAUUUCUUUCUUAAAGGAAUCUUUGACGACGUACCUGGAUCAGAUUGAGCUAGGCGGCGAUACCAAGGACGAUGGGGAUUGUGUGAGUUUCCAGAGCAAUGGUUUGGAGCCAUGGAGUUACAUCCUUUCGUGGGGGGUUAGCGGUACAGGCCAUUUCAAAGCUGUGUUGAUGGAUCCGGAGUGCCAAAUAAACGCCGACAUCUUCGAUGACCCCCAAGUGCAGGCACCGAACAACAUAAUACCAAAGCACUUUCGUAUCAAGCUUCUCGAUUUCAAACUUGUUCUAAAAAACCCAUCCUCUCACCCUGAACUUUACUUGCACGCCACUCGCUUUCGAAUCGACUGGGAGCAUGGCGCGCAACGUCUUGUCGCUCCGGCAGGGUUGCGGAAAAACAAAACUUCCAAAGCCUUGUUAGAUAAGGUCAGCGGGAGGUUGAAGGCCGCUUCAACGGCUACGAAACCAAAGAGCCCGAUCAAAUUGAUUACAGCAUCAGCAUCAUUUCCUCAGAAUGAUCCGCUAGAUGUACAAGCAGCUUCUUUUUCGCAAAUUUCUACACAGCAUCUACAAUCUCAGGCUCUGCCAAAUGAUGAUCAAAAGCAAGAACGCCCAGGUGGCUCGAUAAAUCGCCUCUCAACGAAUGACUUACUCCAGCGCUUGUAUCAUGAACCAAAACCAAUCAUGACCUCCACUGAUUCCAAAACAGUGGAAUCAUCUCAGCCGAGUCACACUUCCAGGCAAGCCAGCGGGCCCCAAGGUCUAUUUGAUAUAGGAGCAGAGCGAACAUUUUUCGAUCAAACAACCCCUCAGAAGGAUGAUAGGAGCCGAGAGAGUUCUUUUGCAUCCCAACCAGGUCAACCAGCUAUAUCGCCCCUAAGACCCUGUGCCGAUGAUUCGACUUCAAAAAGCCUUAUUACAUCAAGAAGCCCUACCGCCACCGAUGAAUUCCCACAGGAAAAUAAUGCUGCAUCUGGUUCCCACACUACGACCGAUGCGGUGACGCCUAAGCCCGCCUCGCCGAAUUUGAAAAAGAGGCGACGCGCUAGUGACGAUGAUCCAUCAGUCAAAAAUUCUGAUGAGGGUGACAGCACGGUAUCAAUGAUGCAGUCUCCCUCCAAGAAACAACGCCUUGGUGAGCAUGCGGAGGGUGCAUUUACCCCUCCGCCUGUGCCUCGUGAUGAGGCCCCAGAAAUAAUAACUAGGGCGGUAGAAUUAGAAAGUAUUAGGGUUCCAGCUCAACUGGAAGUCGACAAUGAGGACCUUUCCCCAAGGCCCGACCCGUGGGAAGGACUGGUCCGAAUCGAAGAUGUUCAGGUAUUCAUUCCUAAAGACCAGCGGGCUCUAUUCGAGAGCCCCAAUGAAGCCUGGAUUCCCCCAAAGCCAGGUCAACCUAUGCCUCACGCACAUGUACCGCCUUCGCUUCUGCGGACGUGGAACAAUUUUGCCGUCCAAAAAAAACGCGAUGCCGAGACCAGAGAGGUUGCCGCGGAGCAGCAUCUCCCACAAACUCAAGAGACCUACGAAUUCAUGGACUCAGACCAAGAGUCACGACUUUCUUGGUCACUGUCACCCGAGCGCACAAACUCCCCAUCGGGUGAAAAGCCUACGGUGGGUGAACCUUUGACUGGUAUUUUCGAGGGGAAUGCUGCCGCUGCUGUCAAUCACGAGUCACAGCAGAAUCAUAGUGAAGCCAUGUCACAAAAUAUCGCCCGGCAACCUACGCCAGAGAAGAAACAAGUAGGACGUCCCGUGAUUAAUAAUGAAACAUCGAUUGAGGCUUGGCCUUCUUUACCUGUUGACACGAGUCGACGAGAAGCAGAUGAACAGCAGUCUUCUCCAGGACAAGGCAGCCAAUCACGACACCUAGAAGCAACUCACAAGUCAUCAACACCAUCGAGUCCACCGGUAUCAAUUAUUGAUCCACCGAACAUCGAAUCGGAUAAUGAAUCGAUGAUGGAAUCAUCGGUUCCGCUGGCUCUUGGUGAAGUUCUACCCGAUCCAACUCAGUCUAGUCAAACAGGAAAAGAUUUCAGAAGCUCAGGAACUUCUCUCUCUGGCUCAAAAGAACGUGUCCAAGUGAGCGAGACACCAGCUUUGUCAAAGGGCCUUAUCAAAGGAGCUGAACCUACUUCGUCCAACUCGUAUCCCUCUCCUCAUGCCCAUAAGAUCUCUUCGUCACAGUCCCGAAUUCUGAAUACAUUACCGUCCCAUGCAAGCUACGAGGGGGCUCAAUCUUCGAAUGAGGCACCUAACUUUACUCAAAGUGAAGGCAGCGAAGCGAUUCGAGUGGACUCUUCGUGGACCCAACCACAAGCCAGCAUGAAUUCGACCUCUCAGUCACAAGAUGCGUCCACCAACUCACAAUCCGAUGUUGUCCUUGACUCUUCUGGGCCAGCCCAACCGCACCAGAUCUUCUCGGCCUCGCAUACAGGCUCUCAUGGCCAUCCACCACCAUCAGUAGAUGAGCUAGGAUCACAUGAUCAUUCCCAGUCACAACCCAUGGACACCACUCAAACGUCACCCCUGCCAAAUGAGGAGGUCAAAGCUUUGGUAGGGGGAAACCCCUGCCCCUAUCCGGUGCAAGAAGCCGAUAUCAUCAAAGAGGAGCCGAGAACAGCUCUAUCUAUCAAAGACUUACUUGCCGAGUCCCCUCAAUCACCAGGCUAUUCUAGGCGGCUGUUCAUCAGCCAACCUGUCUCUGACAUAACCGUACCUGGGAACGUACUUCAUGCUGACGGGGACAAAGUUUCCGAUGUUUCGUCCGAGCCUGCGAAAUCACAAGCCCCUGCCAGUGAAGUGAACGAACCCGAAACCGAACCCGAUGAUCAUCUGCCGGUGAUUGGCACUCGUCAAAAAGCCCUCUUUCCUAAGAUGGAAUCACCCCUGAGCCGCUCACACUGUGUUCACUCCAGAAGCACUACUGGCGUUGGUGCAGAAACUGACACAAAUGAGGAAGAGAUCGACGAGACAGAUAUGGAAGACAUAGAUGAGUUCGAUGAUACCCGUCAUGAGACAGCCAGCGUCGAGCUGGGCGAUGAGUCUUUUGUCUCGAAUGCUGGUCAACUCGCUGCAGAGUCUGCCUCAUCUGAGUCGGAAGUUGAGGAUGAGUGUGAAAGCGAGGACGAGAACUGGUUUGUAUCACUCCGUCACCUACGCCAGCAGCGCCCGGCUUGGUCUGAUGAUCCCAACACUCCGUUUAAGCGCUGGGCGGAAGCCGAGCUGAAUUCUUUGCGCGACCGCACUCGACGAGGAGGCGCUAAGGUGCUACUUGAUGAGAAGGGCGUGGUUCGCCGAUUAACGAACAGGUGA